AUGUCGACAAUAUCAAGCCAGAAUGCGCUCUCCAGCGUAGAGGCUGCACACACGGACGCUACAGAAAACGCGCGAUACUCUGCGCCGUCGUCAUCACGCGCAAAAUUCGACGCGGCACAGCUGCAGCCGCAGCUGACGAGCACGCUCAACUUGCGCCUGCGCCACGCCACGUGGGACAAGUCGGACAAGGAGCGCAACCGUGCACUCAGCCGAUCCAUCGCCGAACUCGUCAAGGCCAAGAUGCUCGGUGCGUUUGCUCUUUCCACGCCCACUGCCUCUUGCAGCUGCUUUACUGACCACGAGCUUGCAUUGCGACAGAGAUCGAGCCAAAAGGUAGCGCGUCCAAUCUCGACUUGGAGACAGCGUGGCACAUCAAGCUCACUCUCAUCUCUUUGUGCGGCAGGCUUCAAGUAUAUUGUGCAGGUGCAGCUCGUCGAGAAUCUCGGCCAGGGCGGAAGAGGUGAGUUGGAGCGUUGCAAGCCAGCCAUGUCGGCGCGUAGUUUGACUGACGCCUUGACUGCGCGCUUUGUGGGACGACCAGCCGACCUGGCGUGUCACUGGGAAGACAGCGACUCGGUGGUGCAAGAGAUGUACUCCAACAAGAUCGAGCUGGAUACGGGUAUGCAUUGA